GCGAGUGUCCAGGCUAGGGAUUUGGGAGAGAGAGAGAGAGAGAGAGGGAGAGGGGAGGGAGUUGACGGUGAAUCGAGAAUGGUGGACAAGGCGAGGAAAGGGAGGAAGGAUGUGGUGACGAGAGAGUACACGAUCAAUCUCCACAAGCGCCUCCAUGGCUGUACUUUCAAGAAGAUGGCUCCCAAUGCUAUUAAAGAGAUCAAAAAGUUUGCCCAGAAGGCUAUGGGAACAACUGAUGUCAGAGUUGAUGUGAAGCUCAACAAACAGAUUUGGAGCAGGGGGAUUCGAGGUGUCCCAAGACGAGUACGUGUGAGGAUAGCUCGCAAGAGGAAUGAUGAGGAGGAUGCCAAGGAAGAGCUCUUCUCUCUGGUCACAGUUGCAGAGGUCCCCACAGAAGGCUUGAAGGGUUUGGGAACAAAGGUUAUUGAGGAUGAAGAUGAGUGAAAGUUCCAUUUGCGCCCUCUGCCUAGGCUACUUUACCAAUUAUUCUCAAGUGUGGAGAAAGCUUUAUUUAGAUUUUUAUAGGUCCUUUUUCAAAGAAUUUUGUAUGUUUGGAUUAUGAUAACUUUUGUUGGAUUCUCUGUUAUUUUUGGAACCUAAUGUUUUAAGUAUUGUUGUUUUU